AUGCAAUCAAACAAAGGGCAUAAGUUAGAUGAAUUACUCACAUGCUUUAUCUGUCUAUCAAACCUAGCAAAUCCUCAUAUAUGUCCAUGUUGCUCGAAAUUAUGCUGUUAUUCUUGUAUUACGAAAUGGUUGACUGAAAACAGACAGGUUUAUUAGUUGUUCUUAAUUAGAAUAAUAGUGUCCACAUUGCAGAUCCUCUUUGAGAAUUUAAUAAUUGGUAAAUUGUAGGUUUUUAGAGGAUAUCGUGGCACAAAAUGAUCCAUGUCCCCUCCAUAAUGCUCAAUUGUAAUAUUAUUGUGUUACAUGUGCACAUCCUAUUUGUUCUGAAUGCGCAAUGUUUUCUGCACAUAAAACGCAUGAGUUUGAACACAUUUAAAAGGUUUUUGACUCAAAAAUCAAAGAUGUAAAAACAAAAAUUGAAAAUGUUUAAGAAUAAUUGAAAACUCUGAAGCAUUCAGCAAUAGUGAUUGAUGAAUUGAUGGAUGAAUUGAAUCGCAGCAAAGACGAAAGAGUUCAAGAGAUAUAAGCAUACACAGAAUAAUUAUUGUAAAAAUUAGAACAAACACACACAGCAAGAAUGGGCAAUCUGUAAAUGUAAAGAUAAAGAUUAAAUGAAAAGAUUCUAAUAGCAUCUGCAGAAUUGGAUACUAUUUCAUAAUAGAUAAAAGGCUAUUAGAAGAGCAAAACAAUAAUGACAGCAUAAGAACUCUUAUAAAGAAUAGAAUAGGUUGAUGUUGAACCAGAGUAAAUAGGUGGGAUAUCAAUGAAUUUCUAAUCAGAAAUAACUCCUCAGUAUGUUUGUGAUAGUUUUGAGUUGAACAAUUUUAGUCAGAGUGAGGAAAUUGUUUAUUCUGAUCAUCUAGUUACAAAUGGGAUUAAGUGGAGAUUAAAGAUUUAUCCUCACGGGAAUGGAAAUGCCAAAAAUAUUUACAUAUCUAUAUUUUUGGAGAUGGAUUCCAAAUAUUCAGAAAUUAGAAGAUAUGAAUAUAAAAUCGAGAUGAUUAAUUAAAAGAAUGGUUAAUCAGUAAUAAGGGAAUUUGCAAGUGAUUUUGAAGGAGGGGAGUGUUGGGGAUACAAUAGAUUUUUUAGAAUCGAUUUANUUGCAUCAAAUAUAAGGUAUUCUUAAAGACUCUCAAACUAUAAAAUUUUAAUCCAUUAUCAUUUCGGCAUAUUUCAUUCAUGA